GUUGGCAGAGGACAGUAAAGAAUUGCAUGAAAGAAAAGAUCAUCACCAAAAGAGUGAUGUUUCUCCAAAUCAUUUAAAUAAAAUUACAAAGCCCAUAGAGAAAAAAGAACCUGAACACGAACCUAAAAUAGAAAUAGAAGAGCAGGAAAGUAAUUCAGGAUUAAAGUCUCCAGAUUCUUCUGAUUUGUCAGCAUCUAAUCCAAAUAGCAAGAAACAUGUCUUGAAUCCAAAUGCUGAGGUUUUUACACCUCGAACACUGCCAAUGGUGACACCAACUGGUCCUCCUCCAUUACAACCACGAAUGCAGACACCAAGUCCAAUAGUUCAAGUACCUCAGCAUCAAAUGGUGCCUGGAUUGACUCAUCCGGUGUUUACAACAAUGAAUCCUCCUUUUGUUGUGUCGGCUACUCCUGUGAGCGUCUCCCUUACGACACCGUUUGGUCCAGCAGGGUCAGUUGCUCAAGCUCCAAGAUUUAGGAAAGCUGUUCCAAUGACUCUUCAACCAAGACCUGAUAUGUCUCCCCCUGUACAUGUUGCUGCAGCAACUGGUCCACCAAUUUUAGCUCCUGCAGCACUGUCAGCACAUCCUCAAUUAACAAUGCAAUAUACUCCACCACCUGGUGUCAUGCAAGCACAAGGACCACAACCAACAAUGCCUUAUCUACAGAUGUAUUCUGUAGUAGGACCAAGAGUGAUGUCACCACAACCAGUUGCAAUGGUACCUACAUCUCCUGCAGGAUCAUAUGGAGAAACACAUCUUCCAACACAUAUGUAUAUGCCACAUCAUCCAGGUACAACUCUACCUAUGAGUGCCAUGCCACAAGGAACACCUGGACCACAUUCAAAUACUUCCACUCCGCAGUCUCAGACUCCAACUAUGCAUGCACCGUCGCCAGUCCACCAACCUCCCGUGUCGCACGGGACUCCCGCUCACACGCCGACACCGACCGGACAUUUAGGUACGGCUCCCACCCCGCAGCCUGUCCUAUACCACGGACCAAUGACUUCGCAACACUCUCUCCAGCACGUUGGUAAUCCGACACACAUGGCAUCUAUUUCCCACCAUCACUCAAACUUUCCUACAGCACCUCAGCCAGUGGUAUUGAUGCAUCAGCAGCCUGUACCUAAUCAUCAUCCUUCUUCCAUUCCAUCAUCAGGACCGCACGCUCUACAAGGACACCCCCUUCACGGUCAAACACCAGGAAAUCAUAUUCUUCAACCAGGAGCCAUCCCAACUAGUGCCACAAUGGUUCCUGUACCACCAAACACUCAAUUUGUACCCCAUCAUCAAGGUCUGUUUUUCACUUCUAGGAGUGUAAUGCAACAAGUGACUAGAAAAUAAGCAAGAAACUAGUUGACAAGUUUAAGUUAUUGCAGAGCUGAUUUAUUUAGAAAAAAUGGAGAGAUAGAUUGUUCCCUUGGCAGCCAUUAUUAUUUCAAAAUUAUAAAAACAAGAUUGCCUCAAGACAUUUGUGAGUAAAACCAAAACUGGAAAAACAAGCAGGUAGAAAAAUUUCUUCCAAAAUACAGCUAAUAUGAAAAAAAUAUUAUUCUCAGUAAGAUUGUGAUCACAAAAUUACAGUGGUAACUUCCUUUGUAGUAGUUAAAUGAAAAAAAAAAGAAAGAAAAUAUGUUUA